GAACCUGGUCGAACUCGAACCGCGGCCGGUUCGCGACACCCCUAUUUUUUUUCUUGUUUUUAAUACCUUGAUAUUGCAUAUUUGGUGUAGCGACUUGUUGGCGAAAUCUCGAAUAAAAUGGCUACUGUUGGCUACUUUCUGCGCGUGAUUUGGCCACUUUGACUCUAAACCCAGUGGCAACCCUGCUGAUUUGUUUUUCUCCGUCAGCUGCGUAGAGAGAUCGGAGCCGACCUUGUUUGGGACGUCGUAGACGAAAACAUCCGCGGCCGUGGCAGCCUGGGCCAGGCCACCAGAGGUGUGACAACCUAGGCUUCGAAGACACCGAAACAAACUCGUGAUUCCGGUUGAAGUCCGCCAGCGGAUCGAGGUCGAGAGAUGCGGCUGGCGCUGUCAAAGGGAGCGCAGUGGUUGCAGCAUGGCGGCCAUCGGGUCCGCGACUCGGCGUUCCCUUCCUACCUGACCACCGUGCUGGCGCGGAGCAGGGUCCUGUGGCGAGGCCUGUGGGCCCGCGCCAGCCCCAGGUCCCUGGUGUCGCGCCCGAGACCCUGGCUGUUCUCGAGUCCAGGGCGCGCUGGACCGCCGGCAUGGAGCGCGUCGAGUGCUGCAGUUCUGGGCAGGCGCGCCGCUCGGAGGCUCUGGGGCGGCCCUACCCUGCCCCUGAUGGGACUGACGGGGAUCUGCCUGAUCCGCAAGCCGGCCCUGGUGACGAGCGAGGAGGAGCUGGAGAGCGUCUGCGUCGCCAUAAGGGAAUUGGUCAGCGAAUUCCCCAAGGAGGACUCGUUCCGCGUGCCGGACAAGGGGACGCUGACCCUGGAUGACUUGGAGCUGGGCGAACACCUCGACACGGGCAGCAAUGCCGUCGUCUACAGCGCCCGCUGGAAGGAGCAGCCCCGCAAACGAGAGGAGCCUGAGCCUGCCUUUGACCUGGCCGUGAAGGUGAUGUUCAACUACUCGGCUGAGUCGACCGCAGCGUCCGUCUGGCAGUCCCUCCACAAGGAGUGCCUCCCGGCCUGGCUUCACCCUGGUGGCCCCAGUUGCCUUGGCGACGGAGUGAAGCUGCCCCCUCACCCCAACGUGGUGCAGAUGCCCGUGGCCUUCGUAGACAAGAUGCGUGCUUUGCCCCGGGCGACCGACCUCUGUCCCAGUGCCCUCCCGCCAAGCUUGCACCCGUACGGUUGCGGCCGCAACGCCACCCUCUACCUGGUGAUGCGCAGGUAUGAGUGCAGCCUGGAGCAGUACCUGCGCCGGGAGGAGCCCCUGAGCAGCCACGUGCGCCUGAGCCUGCUGUGCCAGCUUCUGGAGGGCGUGGCGCACCUGUCCCAGCACGGGGUGGCCCACCGGGACCUCAAGGCCAACAACCUGCUUCUGGACCUGUCCGAGGGUCCCGAGAGCCCCCGGCUGGCCAUUGCGGACUUUGGCUGCUGCCUGGCACAGGGGCCCCCGUACCACCUGUGUCUGCCCUUCCCCACCGCCGAGGUGUGCAGGGGUGGCAACGCCUUGCUCAUGGCACCCGAGGUGGCGGGAGCGCAGCCGGGGCCGCUUUCCUGGAUCGACUACGGACGGGCGGACGUGUGGGCAGUGGGGGCGCUCUGCUACCCACUGUGGGGGCUGCCCCUCCCCUUUGGGGGAGGGGUCCUGGAUAGCCGCAGCUACCGGGAGCAGGACCUGCCACCCCUGCCCAAAGACGUGCCGCCGGCCGUCAGGGCGCUCGUCAGGGACAUGCUGCAUAGGGACCCCCAGCAGCGUCCCAGCGCAGCCUUUGCGGCUACGGUGUGCCAGCUCCUGCUGUGGGGUCCUCCCAGGCUGCUGCUGCCAGGUAACAGAAGAAGUGCCCGUCUGCUGGUGCGCUGGCUAUGCAACUCUCUGGGCCGCCUGGUGCGUGGCAAGGCCAACCCACUGGUGGGAAGCCUGCUGGCCAGGGCCAGUCUGGCAACCCUCCGGGAAGCCCUCCAGUACCUGCACCAGGCUGCCGCAGAGUACGGCGGCAAAGCGCUCUGCUAACCAACGACUCGUUAUACGCCGGACCGACGGACGGGGGCGAGCACUGACGUUGUAGGGUUGCCCUUUUCAGAGAUGCUUCGGGGGAUGGAGGUGAAGCCACCAUGUUGACGUCAUAACUCGAAUAUAUAAAUAGAGAGUUAGUGGAAAAAAAAAACGAGCCUGUUUCUAUUUGACAAUGUGCUUUAGACAACGUUACUAGAAUAGAGCCAUAGAGCCUGCUUUGAAAAAGGUGGCUCACCUCCAUACUCGAAAACCGAACUAAAGGCGAUCGCAACGCGGCCAUUUCUCCCGCAGCGGCCACUCGGGGGAACUGCAUGGCUGCACGCAUAGGCGUAGACUACGGGGGCGCAUCAGGCCAUGAUCCUUACCGAGACGCUGUUUACAUGGCAUGUAACGAGCUUCUAGUAGUUGACCUGAUAUUCUUCAGCCGCAGGCUUUAUUUUCAUGUAUUAAAGAGAAAAGACCCAUG